AUGGCCAACUUCCUCGCUCAGUUCCAGACAAUAAAAAACACCUCCGAUCGCCUCGUCAUUUCAGUGGAGGAUGUGAGUGACUUGUGGCCAACUGUCAAACCUGCUUUUGAGGGGCGUUCGCCGUUCAAACGGGCGACUUUGAAUAACAAGACGCGGAACCCUGUCUUUGUUGACGCAUUGCCAGCCGAGUUCAUAUUAACUACUGAUUCAAGACUACGCAGCCGGUUCCCUCAGGAGCAGUUUUUAUUUUGGUUUCGAGAGCCUUAUGCAACAGUUGUACUUGUCACCUGUGAGGAUCUAGAUGAGUUCAAAAAUAUCCUUAAACCUCGUUUGAAAUUAAUUGUCCAAAAUGAUGAAAGGGAGUGGUUCAUUGUAUUUGUAUCAAAAGCUCAUCCAGCAAAUGAUCAGGCAAACAAAAUGGCGAAGAAAGUAUAUGCUAGACUUGAAGUUGAGUUUAAUACCAAAAGAAGAGAAAGAUGUUGCAAAUAUGACAUGCAUUUUCCUGAAGCAAACUUUUGGGAGGAUCUAGAAUCAAAGAUAAUGGAAUGCAUUAGAAAUACCCUGGAUAGACGUGUACAAUUUUAUGAGGAUGAAAUACGAAAGCUCAGUGAACAGCGCCUCAUGCCAGUCUGGAACUUCUGCAAUUUUUUUAUUCUAAAGGAAAGCUUGGCUUUUAUGUUUGAAAUGGCUCACCUUCAUGAUGAUGCGUUACGGGAAUAUGAUGAGCUGGAACUCUGCUAUCUUGAAACAGUUAACAUGACUGGAAAGCAGAGAGAUUUUGGAGGGGCUGAUCAUGGUGAUGAUCAGGCAGCAUUGCUUAAUCCAAUAAAUAAACCAUUGACACAGAUGGUUCAAGAGGACUCGUUUAGGGAGUUUGAAUUCAGACAGUAUCUGUUUGCAUGUCAAUCAAAGCUCUUAUUCAAGCUACAUCGUCCCAUUGAGGCUGCAACACGAGGCUAUUCAUUCAUAAUAAGCUUCUCUAAAUCAUUGUCCUUGCAUGAGCGGAUUCUGCCAUUUUGUAUGCGUGAAGUCUGGGUAGCAACUGCUUGCAUGUCUUUAAUUAAAGCAACCACUUCAAAUUAUACUGAUGGAAAUGUGGCGCCUGAUAUAGAGAAGGAGUUUUUUCGUCUUCUGGGGGACCUAUACUCUCUAGCUAGAGUUAAGUUCAUGAGGCUUGCCUAUUUAAUUGGGUAUGGAACUGAUAUAGAAAGAAGUCCUGUCAACAGUGCUUCCCUCAGCUUGCUACCAUGGCCUAAGCCAGCUGUCUGGCCUUCAGUUCCUGGUGACUCAUCUGUGGAGGUGCUUGAGAAAGAAAAGCUUAUUCUCCAAACAACUUCCAGAACCAAGCACUUUGGUAUCCAGAGGAAACCCCUGCCCCUUGAACCUACUGUUCUUCUGCGAGAGGCCAACAGGCGCAGGGCCUCACUUUCAGCUGGAAGCGUGUCUGAAAUGUUUGACAAUCGUCAGGGUCCAAUGGAUGGAUCAGGUUUCGAUGCAUCCACAAGAAUGUCACCACACAAAGCACCUCCAAAUUCCAUGACACGUACAAAUUCUUCACCAGGAAACUUUGAUAGUUCAAUUGACCGACCAAUGAGGCUUGCUGAGAUUUUUAUUGCGGCUGAGCAUGCUUUGAAGCAAACCAUUUCUAGUCCAGAACUGUGGAAAUCUUUAUCAUCAUCUGAAGAAUUUGAGAAAAAAUAUUUAGAGCUAACUAAAGGAGCUGCUGACAAUUACCAUCGUUCUUGGUGGAAAAGACAUGGUGUUGUCCUUGAUGGUGAGAUAGCAGCUGUCGCUUUUAAGCAUGGGAAUUUUGACCAAGCUGCAGAGUCAUAUGAGAAGGUUUGUGCACUGUAUGCUGGUGAAGGAUGGCAGGAUUUGUUGGCUGAGGUUCUUCCCAAUUUAGCUGAGUGUCAGAAGAUGAUAAAUGAUCGAGCUGGCUACUUAUUAUCUUGUGUGAGGUUACUUUCUCUUGAUGAAGGAUUAUUUUUGACCAAGGAGCGCCAAGCCUUUCAGUCAGAAGUCAUCCGUCUUGCUCAUAGUGAAAUGAAGGACCCUAUACAUCUUGAUGUAUCGUCAUUAGUAACAUUUUCUGGAAACCCUGGGCCUCCUUUGGAGUUAUGUGAUAGAGAUCCCGGUAUCCUUUCUGUAACUGUAUGGAGUGGGUUUCCAGAUGAUAUAACUCUUAAUUCAAUCACUCUAACAUUAAAUGCAACAUAUAAUACUGAUGACGGUUUAAAGGCAUUGAAGAGUUCUACAGCUGUUGUGUUACACCCUGGUCGGAAUACCAUUACCUUAGAUCUACCACCUCAGAAACCAGGAUCUUAUGUUCUUGGAGUUCUCACUGGACAGAUUGGAGAGUUGAGGUUUAGAUCUCACAGUUUUUCAAAAGUUGGUCCUGCAGAUAGUGAUGAUUUUAUGAGUUAUGAAAAGCCAGCUAAACCCAUUUUGAAGGUUUUCAAACCUAGAGCUCUUGUUGAUCUUGAUGCUGCUGUUUCAUCUGCUUUGUUGAUAAAUGAACACCAAUGGGUUGGCAUUUUAGUUCGACCAGUAAAAUACUCCCUCAAAGCUGCUGUCUUGCAUAUCGAUACUGGUCCAGGGUUGGAGAUUAAAGAGUCACAUGUAAUUGAGAUGGAAAGCUAUGCUGGUGUAUCACAGAAUAAAGAUGACCAGCUGCAGAAUGACUGUGCUCAAGUAAAUUGUGAUAAAAAUUUUGAACGCUUAAGUCUUAAUGAUGGCAAAAUAGAAUUUCCGAAUUGGGCAAGUGACAAUCCUUCUAUUCUUUGGGUUCUGGUACGUGCCAUCGGUGACACACUUAGCAGAGGAUCUUCUUCAGCCACAACAAGGAGAGAAAGUAUUGUAGAUGGAAUGAGAACAAUAGCUCUGAAACUUGAAUUUGGAGCAUUCCACAAUCAGAUAUUUGAAAGGACCCUAGCAGUGCAUUUUACAGAUCCUUUCUAUGUGAGGACACGUGUUACUGAUAAAUGCAAUGAUGGCACCCUGCUUCUGCAGGUAAUACUUCACUCUGAAGUAAAGGCUACACUGACUGUAUAUGAUGCAUGGCUUGAUCUUCAAGAUGGAUUUGUUCAUACUGGACAAACUGAGGGUAGAGCUAAUUCAAGUUUCUUCCCGCUAGUCAUAUCUCCCACUUCCAAAGCAGGAAUUUUGUUUAGUAUCUGCCUAGACAAAACAAAUGCAGAAGAAGCAAGGAAGCAACCAGAAAGCAUAUUAAAUAUCAAAUACGGAAUUUCUGGUAGUAGAACAAUUGGGGCCCACCCUCCUGUCAUGAAUGAAUCUAUUGGAGUUGAUGAUGCCAGACAAGAGUUAAUCUUCAGGAGUGCAAUCACUUUGCAAAGGCCUGUGCUUGAUCCUUGCCUAGCUGUUGGUUUUCUUCCUCUCCCUUCAGAUGGCCUGAGAGUUGGACAACUAGUUAAGAUGCAAUGGAGAGUGGAAAGGUUAAAGGAUUUGGACAAGGAAGGAGUUUCUAAACAUAAUAGGUGCAACAAUGAAGGCUACAAUAGAGACCAAAGAGGCGCAACAAGAAAGUUCGUAACCUGCUUGAUGGUGGGGUAGCAAUGAAGGCUGCAAUAGGAACUAGAGAGGCGCAGCAAGGCUGCGCUUUAGGGUUUCCACAACAAUGAAGGCUGCAAGUAAACUACACGAUAAGUGGCUCCUAAGGAUCAGGGGAUCUACUACCAUCUCAAAAUUAGAAAAAAAUAAUUUCUUUCUUAUUCAGUCUCAUUACAUACAUCUUAUAUAUAAAUAUAUAUACACACACAUGCAUUGAUUGGAUAAUUUUGGAAACAAGCAUAGUCUAUUCUAGGAAACAAGUCCAUGAGAUUGUGGGAUUGAUGUGCUAGUAAUAAAACCAAGAUGCAACCAAUAUACUUAAUUAAAACCAAUUUGAAUAAUAUCUGAAGUUUCGUAAAAUAUCUUGACUGAAGAAAAUCUAAAAUUUCCUUAAAAAAUCUCAACAAAAAUUAGAGGCACUUUUCUCAUUAAACAAAUAACUAGAACUGGUUAUUUAGGGGGGUUAUAUUUUGCCCUCUAUUGUGAAACAACUGAGCCAAUACAGAUGUUAUAAUUACGUUGUCAGGGAACAGCAAACAAUGCAAGAAAGACAAGUUAUUUGUACAAAUACAAACCUUCCAUUUACUCAUAUUUUUUUGCAUCAAUUCUAAUGGUCCCGUCGGAAAAAGAAAAACUCCCUUUAUUGGUUCCUUCCACGAUAUCCUCUCCAAUCUUCCAAAUAUAGUAAUAUAUUUCACCUCUUCCUAUUACUCCCUCAACAAUUUCUUUCCUCAACCACUAAGCAUGCAUGGUUAUUAUUAUAGAAUGAUGUCAACAUGCUCUAUGCUUUUAUUUGGAGAAACAAGAGAGGAAACUUUGGUUUAAUAUAUGGUGUCUGAAUUUGUAUAAAUACUGAGAUUAUUGUGCGAUCUUCAACUCUUAUGU